GAUGCGCAGACGCGUGCCGGUCUUGUGCGCACUGGGACAGUUAAACUGCACCCACUGAACUUGAGCUUAAGAUAUUAAGAAAAUGUCUAUCCUUACAUUAAACUUAAGCAAUGCAACUUUGGAGAUAGAAGCCACCAGAGACGAACCCCGGAACGAGCAUUUAGCUCAAAUCGAGAUCGCGCUGCUGAGCGUCAUCUUUCUCUGCGCAUCAGCUCUGAACUUUGGUCUGCUGCUGGUUUUGUGGAAGAAGAGACAGCAGAUGUCCAGGAUGCGCGUGUUUGUGACCCAUCUCUGUUUGGCGGACCUGGUGGUCGCCUUUUUCCAGGUGUGUCCACAGUUGAUGUGGGACAUAACAGACCGUUUCAUUGGUCCUGACCUCGUAUGCCGUUUGGUCAAGUAUCUGCAGGUCGUCGGCAUGUUCGCCUCCACUUAUAUGAUAGUUGUAAUGACUCUUGAUCGUUAUCAGGCGAUCUGCAACCCCAUGGUUACUUUCCAAAGACGGCGCGCGCGCUGGAACCUGCCCGUGUGCGUCGCAUGGCUCCUGUCAUUCGUCUUCAGCCUCCCGCAACUGUUUAUUUUCUCCAGGGUUCAGAUCGCCCCGGGUGUCUACGACUGCUGGGCAGAGUUCAUUCAGCCCUGGGGACCUAAAGCGUACGUGACGUGGACGACGUUGGUGAUAUUUCUGGUGCCAAUCGUAACUGUGACGGUGUUCCAGGUGCGCAUCUGCCGGGCGCUCCAGAUCAAUCUGUACCUGAAGACCCAGCAGCAGCAGCAAGGAGGUGAUGGCGGACACACGCACCCUCUUUCCUCCAGAACCAGCAACGUGGCAUCGGUGUCUAAGUCUCGGAUUAAGACCGUGAAGAUGACGGUGGUGAUCGUGCUCUCCUACACCGUGUGCUGGGCUCCGUUCUUCACCGUUCAGCUGUGGUCUGUGUGGGACGCGGACGCUCCGACUGAGACUGUAACCUUCACCAUCCUCAUGUUGCUGGCAAGCCUGAACAGUGUUGCCAAUCCGUGUAUCUACCUGCUUUUCACCGUGAAGUCCCCCAGACUGUUGCGAACUCUCCUGUGCAUGAAACACACAGACAUGAAGGAGUCACUACCUGAGGAGGCUACGAUGGUCAGCUCUCUGUAUCUGAGCUUUAAAAGCCAAUCUGACAUACGAUGAAAAUGAAACAACACAAUACAAAUGUCCAAAUGCGAUGAACAUACCAUAUUAGUAUUCUUCAAACUACUAAGGAGU